AAGACAGGGAUUUCAGUUCUCGAGCUGUUAUGUUAAAAUAGAUUUUUAUAUUCAUUGUAACAGGACGACUGGUGUGAGUAGUGAAACGAUAAACAAUUUUUAAAAAAUCGUUACACAAGCGUUACAUAACACCGGGAAUAAUAUAAUAGUUAGCUAUAAAUUAUUCGUUGGAUUAUUUUAUGUAGAAUAAACAGAGAAGUUUAUUUUGAGAAGUGAAUUAACAAGUAAGAUAGUUGCGAAACUCAGAGACUCUUCUGUUAAUAGAAGGAAUAACGUGUUAAUAUUAUUCUUUGAGGAAUCGAUAGAAAUUGAAAUAUUCUGUUGUUAUUGUGACUAAUAUCACAAAUCAAGGAGUUUUUGUUAUUUGGUAUACAUAUUUGACAUUUAAUAUCAAGCCUAGGAUAUUACAUUGUGAUGAUAAUGUAGAAUUCAGAAUUGCCGUGUGUACAAACUAAAUUGAUUUUGGAUAUUAUAAAGUGUAAUGAUGAACGACCCUGAUUAACACGAUAUUUUGAUAUUUUUCCAAAUGAAGAGUAAUGAGUGGACGUAAUACAAAUCGAGGUCAGAUAGGUCCUGGUGGAGGGAUACCUGCUCUUCGUGUCCAGGCAGAAACCCCACAACCAAAUAACGAUAACAUUCGCCUGCCAGCCCUUCCUACACAACGGUCUGUACUCGCAAAUGGGAAGCCUACGCAAAAUGGCUACAUGGAAAAGUCGCUGUUUGUCACUCCCAGAGCCCCAGGGCCGGGGCCGAAUGGAAUAUUUAAUGGGCGCUCAAAUAAAAAUGAUUUGAGUAAUUUGAAUUUGCAAGGCUUUGGAGUGGCACCUAAACAGAAGCAGCAAGGCUUUGGUCAUCACAAUGCAGCAGCUUUCGCGAAUCCCCAGCAACUUCACAUUCCAAAUAGUCGUCUUGAGACACAAACGCCAACUCCAAGUGAAGUAUCUACGAUACAUUCUGCUAGGAGUGUCCAUACUCCAACCUUAUCUAUGGUGUCUGGGCAGGGUUCGGAGAGAAACAUUCAGACACCAAUAAGCAAUGUUGACAGAAACUUCCUGGAGCCAGGAUCCAGCAGUAAAGGCUGGAAUCCAUACCCAACACUUCCUCAUGUUAGCAGCAACAAAGAUUUAGACAGUAUGUCCAUUUCUGAUAAGCAGUCACUGACGGAACAGCCUCAUAGAGCAUCUUGGCAUACACAUGGUGUUGUACCCAGUAGUGCCACAACACGCUACCAGACAAGUAGUAGUGGAACAAAUUCUCUGUCCCCACAUCUAGCAAUGGAUACUUCACCAACUGGUUCUACAGCUUUGGGGUCCAAUUUCACAAACAGCCCUCGUCACUCUGCGACUAUUCACUCAAGGGCACAGAAGCGUGCACAUUCUUUGUCACCACUAGGAGAUGGAUUUGAAUUUGCAAAAUUAAUUCGAGCCUCUCCAACAUCUCUUGCUUGCAUUAAUAAUGCAGCUACGCAUGCAGGUGCCUCGCCGUUGACAAACAACGUUGCUCAGUAUGGACAUUUUGGACACUUGAUUGCGAGAAACAGUAGAAACAGCAACGGAAGUCCAUAUUCGGGUUCAGCUAACAGUGGAAACCGUGGGGGUUUCUCACAGCUCAAGGUUGAACCAGGCAUUGAGAUCAGUGAUAUGCAAGAUUAUUUCCAGGAUAUUGUUAGUAAUCAAGUAGUAAUGCCACAAAAUGAGAUCCCAUACUGGGAACAGAGAGUAUUCACUGACAUUACACAGUUUGGUGCAGUGCAGUUCAAUCUCCCUCCAGAGAAUAUGGUUCAGCCGCCGGGCGUUAAUGGCAACAUGAGUGGUUUCAGUAGCCAACAUAACAUGAAUAUGAAUCAGAACUUACAAAUGAACAAUAUGAACGAUGGUAUGAGACCGCCUCCUCCAUAUGAUCAGGCGAUCGGGCAGAAUCCGGCCAUGAUGCAUCAGACGCAGACAUUUAAUUCAGUGCCUACGCAGCCAUUGGCGCAAAACAAUUUGAACAAUAUGAAUAAUAUUAACAAUCUGAAUAACAUGAACAAUAAUUUGAACACAAUGACAAAUAAUCUGCAAGAGGGAAUAAAUGAAUAUCCUGAAGACGGAGAAGUGGACGAAAACGGUGAAAAGCAGCAUAUAUGUCGCUGGAUAGAUUGUAACGUGCAGUUCAAAGAGCAAGAGGAAUUAGUGCGCCAUCUUGAAAAAUCUCACAUUGACCAGCGGAAGGGAGAAGAUUUUACGUGUUUUUGGGCAGCGUGUCAACGGAGAUACAAACCGUUUAACGCAAGAUAUAAGCUUCUUAUUCAUAUGCGGGUCCAUUCAGGGGAGAAACCAAAUAAAUGCACGUUUGAGGGUUGUACAAAGGCGUUCUCACGGCUCGAGAAUUUGAAGAUUCACUUAAGAUCUCAUACAGGUGAACGUCCGUACAUAUGUACACACACAGGCUGCACAAAGGCGUUCAGUAACUCGUCAGAUAGGGCUAAACAUCAGCGCACACAUCUUGAUACAAAACCAUAUGCUUGUAAUGUGGUGGGUUGUAACAAGAGAUACACAGAUCCAAGUUCCUUACGGAAACAUGUGAAAAAUCACAACCAGAAAGACCCACAAAAGAAGAAGAUGAAGCGAGAAGGGGAGAUGUCACAGCCUGGAAUGCUGGGAAACUGUCUCACAAUACAACAGUUGCACACGAGCAAUGUGGAGAAUGUACAACAAGAAAUUUAUCCAAAUUAUGGUCUGGGCGGUCCGUCUGGUAUGGAACAGUCUCCAAUGAGUAUGCAGAACAGCCCAAUGAGUGCGAUGGACGAUUCACAGAACUCUACAGACCAAAUGCACAGUUUCUCGCCUGCUCCGCCAGACAUGUUGAGUCCUGGAAGACGACCACAUCCACAUCUUCGCCACCGUGCCAUGUAUCCAAAUAUGGAACUGGGCAUGAUGCCACCAGCAUACCCGCAGGCUGAUGAGAUGUAUGAACAAUGGAUGGAAAAUGGAGGACAGCACCAGCAACAACCGAGACUUCCCGAUAUGCCGACACCACAGUAUUCGUACAACAAUUGUCGCAUGCAGAAUGUUGCCUGGCAGGGACAGAUCGAAGACUUUAACCUGUCUGACAUGCAGCGGGGAUUGUCAAAUAAUUCUGGAUUUGACUUUGAUGGAGCCUCGUACCUGGGAAUGCCACCUGAGGAGAUGCAGCAGCAGUUCUUGCAGAUGAAUGCUGUGGAUAGGCCCGUCAGUAGGGGAAUUCUGGCAGAUGGCAGCACUUGAAGUCACAUGACAGUCACGUGACUACAGUUGAUGAAGUGACCAUUCUAUAUUUAGACCAGAUUGCUAGUUUUUUUCACACAAAAUGGAAUGCAUGUGACAGACAUUAUAAAAUGACUAAGAUUAGAGGAGAAUUGAAAAUGUAAAUAAAAUGAACAGCGCACAAAAAUGAUACAGAAGUUGAAUAAAUUUCAUCGUGUACAGAAAUUCAAGGUGUGCAGAGUGCUAAGUUUCUGUAUUUGCAACAAAGUAUUUGCACCCAUGUUGGUUUUUUUGGUUACGGUAAUGUAAACUAUAUUUUUAUGGGAUAAAAAUGUUGAUUUGUUGCAUGUUCAAAGUACUGUGAUUCUUGAAAUAGUUAAUAUAUCAAAAGUGUUAAAAUUGUUUCAAAUAUAUUUGUUGAAGUAUAUAUACUGUGAUUAUCGUUAACUUAUAUAUAUAUAUUUUUUUCAAGUUUAUUGUUUCAAGUAAUCCUUAGGAUAAUAUAGAAUAUUACGAAAUAUAGUUAGAGAGUUAGCAGAACAAUCACAUAUUUCAUGGUUCCCGGUCUAUAGAUAUGCAAAAACAGAAGAGGAACCAGUAAGUAGUGUUGGUGAAUUUCGUAGACUGACACUGCACACUAGAGGAUGGCCGAUUUCCUAAAGAUAGUAUUUUAAUUUGAAGAAAUAAAAAGGAGAAUAAAGGAUGAAAGUUUGCCAAAAUUAAUUUUGAAUUUCCAUGAACAUUUAAAUAUUGAGUGUUUCUAGCAUGGAAAAGAAAAUCAGCAAUGUAAUAAGCCAGUGUUUUAAUGAACAUAAAAUUUGCAAAAUUACAGCAAAGCUGAUCUACGUAAAACAGAGAUUUUAAGGUCAAACAGCCAAAAAAGAAAAGCAAACUUUAUCUACGUAAAUAUUCAGCAAGGUAGUGUUUUUGCAAAAAGUUAAAAUAUUUCCGCAAAUCUUAAAAUCGCAAUUUUUGUUUUGUUUGCAGCAAGUCAGUAUUGUCGUAAAUAAUCAUGUGAUAUUGUUAUCCGUCCUUUUCCAUGAACAUUCCGUGUGAUGUGAUUUUUAUCAUUUACAUCAAAAAAUACAUGUAUUAUCAUUCAGUGUUAUUUACUUAGAAAAGGUAAUAUAUUCAUUACAUAGUGUGUCCUUUUUCCUUCCAGUUUGUUCAAAGACAAAAUCGCCACAUUUAUCACAAGAACUUACAAUACUACUUUUUACUUGAAAGGAUUUUGCAUGUAUGUUGUACAUCAUUUUACUUUGCACAAAUAUUUUGUUACAGUGCAUUAGGUGAUUCAUCUUGCCCCUUAGUUUAAUAUUGUCACAGUUACACAGAGAGGCUUCAAGACUUGUUUACUAGAACAUCAAGUUUCAUAUCUACAUAAAAUGUUAUUUCUACAUAUAUAAUUAUGGAAAAUGUGAACAGUUACAUAUAAUUUUUUCCUGAGGUAUCGCUUCACUAGAGUUUAUGGACAGUUUUUUUUUUACUUGUAGAUUUGAUCAUUAUAUAAUGAUUUUAUUCUCGAGCUUUAUGUCAUCAUAUGGAAUUCUUGUUUGGAUAAAUAUUAUGCAUACGUUAAAAAAAAAGAAAAAAAAAACUAAAAAAAAUCUCAGUUUUUGUAUGAAAAUUUUGAAUAACUUGAAAGUAUUAUUCAUUAAAAAAAAUAUGUUUGUGAAAUGAACUUUUUUAGCUUUUGUUUUUAAUUUGUCAAAUGUUACGUCCAAUUCUAUAAGCAUUUCAUUUACCAAACUUUGAGUUUCCCAUGUUGAUAUAAGUUCAGGAUAGAAUUUUUCAGUGACAGAAUUAAACUCCAAGUAGCAAAUCAAAGAAAAUUGUUUUUGAAUCGGUGUGUUUCAUUUAUGAGAUAUCAUUUAAUGGUUCAUUGAUUUUUAUAUGUACAAAUACAGGGGAUAUGUAUAGAUACAACAUUCUUGUUUUUGGUGUCAAUUUUAUUUUAGUUUUGAGAUACAAGUGCCAAGUACCUUGUUGAUUUUGUAUUUGAUUUUUAUACCAUGCACAUGUUGUCUGUGUAUAUUAAUUAUAUUCCCAUUUUAAUUAGCCACAUAAGUCAUGAAAUCAUGUCACAAAUUGGGAACUUGAUCAAGAUGUAAUAUUUUUGUAUAUCGUGAAAAUUUGAUAAAUAUGUUUGAACAUUGGAUUUGUAUUAAAUUUUCACAUAUAUAUGUAUUUAUUUUAUCGUCCAACGUGUGUGAUAUGCUUAUAUCAAACUUUUUUGUGUGCUUUAUUUUUUCCAGUGCAAGUAUCUAUAAAAAUUAUUUAAAAGGAUGUUAUUAAGUACGCAAGUGCAUAUUGUCUAAAUUUUAAAUUGUUUUUAUAGGUAUUUAGGUUUGUAAAUAUUUUAUUUGAAGGAAAUUCUACAGCACAGUAACAUUCAAAGCAAGUAUUUUUAUUUGUGGCCAAAUAUUAGUACAAAAUGUAAAAAAUGAUUUUGCAAUUCAAUAGAUACACAGUAUUUUUUACAUGACACUUUUAUAUAGUAAGUAUUUUUCAAUUAUUCAUAAACAUUAGAAUUCCAGAAUUGCCAAAAGGUUUUUAUGAUUAUUUUUCCAAAUAUCCGUCCACACAGUUUGCCUCAACAUAUUUUUUUCCCUAUUAUUUUGUAAAAAUAUUUGUUAUUUAUUGUAUAUAGAAGCAUGUUUGUCCCUUACAUUUUUAUAGCUUUUAGAUGGCCAUCCAUUUAAUGAACGCAGAACAUAUAAAUUCAUAUAUUCUAAAACUUUACCUUAAGAGACAAAAAUUCCUGUACUGAGCUAAGAAUAUGAUCCAGUUGUUUUAUUUUUUACCAAAAAAAGGAGAAAAGAAAUAAGCAAGUAUAAGCAUCAUAAAGUAAAAUUUAGAAAAUGAUAAAUUAAUAAAUAAUUAAUAAAUAAUUAAAUUAAUAAUGUGCUUUUUGUUAAAAAAAAGUAGGGAUUAUUGCAACAUACUUUGUGUGUGUUUUUUCUGUAUAAUCAGGAAAAAAAUCAUUAUAUAUGAAUAGGGUUUCUAGUAUUCUUUACUUUCUUUUUCAAUUCAAGAGACUGGUUUUUCGUUAUUUCGUAUUAAUACAAGAUUUCACUGUAAAUAUCAGGGAGAAAGAAUUCCAAAAUAAGGAGACAGGUGGUUGAGUACCAAGGGGAGAUAAUCUCACACAGAGUAUUCUAAGGGAAGAAAGAUUUGUUGUAAAUUGAAGAUAGUUCAUAGGGAAAAUUUUGUAUACAACUUCCAGUCGCUGUUGCUAAAAGAAAGUGGGAAUACUAGUACAUAUAUAUCUCAAUAGAUCUUCACUUGUACAUCAUUUAGUGAUACUUUAAAAUUGUUAUCUUCAUCCGUAAAUGUUAUCAUUUUCAAAAGCAGCUGGACAUGUAUACCUUUUUGGGUAUGUCAAAAUGUUUGAAAAUAUUUACUUAGCACAAAACUGUUUUAUAACUCUGGCAGUUUUAAUAAGAAAUGUAGUAGAUAGUUUUAUUCUAGGAAAACCUACUGUAUGAACAGGAAAUAUGGGAUUUUUUUCAGUCGGUUCAAAACAGCCGCCUCAGCAGUAUGUAGCCUACCUUUGGUCGAAUGGCUGUAAAACCAAACUCACAAACCUGCCAUAGUUUUAAAACCGUAAUAAAAUGAUGGCAUCCCAGAUAACAUUUUUGCUAUUUCUCAGAAGGUAUAUCAAAGGGUCGUCAUUGAUUGUUUUCGUUCAGACAAAUAGUCCUGAAAUUUUUUUUUUUCAAAAUGACAUAAUUGGCCAGUGGGAAAUUGCCUAUUGUUUGAGAUGACAUCAAUUUAAGUGGAGCACAGUUUUGAUUUUGCCUGCAUGUACACCCACACACACCCCCAGAGUUUACACAUUUUCCAAAAGUGCUGAACAUUGAAUAUAUAGCCAACAUCAUAAAUCAUUGAAGUGCUUUUUUUUUUAUAUGUAUUGUAACAUAACUCUUUCUGAUUUUGUUUACUGUCUCGUGCUACUAUAUUUUAUAUGGUUUCGUUUAUGUGUUGUCUCGUGCUACAGAUACGUGAUUUUUUCGUGUUGUUUUCCUUUUUUUGUUUAUUUUUGUACAUAACUAUGUUGUUAUGAGUUGUCCUGCUUCUAUCUUUCUAAGAAAUCACUUUUUUCUUUGUUGUGGCCCCAUUUCAAGUUAAAAUACUUUGUAAUUUUGAUAAAUGCCUUAUAAGGUCAUACAAAUAUUUUAUAGAAACCAAUAAGUUGUGUAAGAAGAUAAGAUAUAUUCUCCUGCCGAUCAUAGAUUUUUAUACUCAUGAAAAUAUUUUUUUUAUACCGUUUGGACCAUCUUUUAUACAAGCAAAAGUUAUAUAUACAGUUGUUUUUCUUGUUGAUGGAUAAAAAAAUUUUAAACAUUAUAAUUCAGAUACAUUCCAUUUUGUAAAUUUGAUUUUGCCUCAGAUUUUAUGUAUAAAAUCCAUAUUUUAAAUUCUCUUUCUUUUACAGUAGAAUAUAUAUAUAUAUCUAUAUGAAUUUGCUUUUCAAAUUAGAUAAAUUAUCCCACAACCAACUAACUGUCAUAGUUACAACUAUUUCUAUUGUUAUCCUCAAAAUUAGUUCCAGAAAAGAUAAAUCAAGAAUUAAUUUUCAGAAAAUAUUGUAUUCAAAGGAGUAUUGUGUACCUUUAAAAAAAAUUCAGGUGCAUCUUUAAAUUUGACUCUUUAUUGGUUGGUAUUUUAAACUGGACAGAUUGAUUGGUUGUUGGGGAGUAGACUGGUUUUCUCCUGGAGAGAGACUGGUUCUGUGUUUUAUUGUCAAGUGCCUUAUGUUUUGUCUUGCUACCAGUCUGUUUCUAUUCCUUCACUGUGUCAUUGUUACAAUCAUGUUUAAUAAACGGUCUGAGAAAAUUAAA